AUGCGCGUUUCUCCUUCGGCAGCAUUCGCACUGCUCACUGCGGUCGUUGGGCCGGCAGCGGCGUCCAAAUACAAUGUCUCCUUCCAGUCCGAUGCCAGCAUCGAUGCGGCAUUGAAGGCCCUGGGCCGUGACUCGCUGCGCCAGCCUGGCACUCUGCCGUUCCCUGAUCUGCCGCCGGGGACGGACACGAUUCCCGAGAUCGAGCACAUCGUCUUCCUGAUGCUGGAGAACCAUUCCUAUGACAACAUCUUCGGCAUGCUGAGCCGUGGUGACGGCUUCACCAAGGGCCCCGACGGCAAGCCCCUGAACACCAAUCCCUACCCCAAUGGCACGAUCCAGCACGCCUUCCCCAUGCCAAACACCUGCCAGCUGCCUCAGAGACCCAGCCAGGAGUGGAUGGCCAGCCACAAUGCCUACAACAACGGCAGCAUGGACGGCUUCGUGCGCACCCAAAUCAGCCCGACCAUCCCGGAGAUCGUCGGAGGCGUCGCCAUGGGUUACUACACCGCGGAGCAUCUGCCCUUCACCUACAGCCUGGCCGAGCAAUUCCCCAUUGCAGAUCGCUGGUUCUGCUCCGUCCUGGCCCAGACCUGGCCGAACCGCCGCUACCUCAUCGCUGGAACCUCCCGCGGCCUCACGGAUGACAACAGUGACAUCACUGCUGGCUAUGCGCCCGCGGGUACCAUCUUCAACGAGUUCGACAAGUACAACAUUUCCUGGCUCAACUACGCCGCCGACUGGACCACCAUCAGCGGCGCCACUCCGGACUUCUACGGUGCCAACGACUACGCCAGCGAGGUGCGCAACGUCAGGAAUCUGUCGCAAUUCAUGGUCGACGCCCGCGCGGGCAAGUUGCCGGCCUUCAGUUUCCUCGACCCCAACUACGCCAACCAGUCGCAGGAGAACCCGCAGAACAUGGUUGUCGGCGAGGCGCUCCUGGCUGAUGUCGUCGAGGCCAUUGGCGCGUCGCCGCUCUGGCUCAAGACCCUCUUCAUCCUGACCUACGACGAGCACGGCGGCUACUACGACCACGUUCCCCCGCCCCCGGCGCUGAAGCCGGACGACGUGCCCCCGACCGUCCUGCCGGGCGAGUAUCAGUACGAAGGAUUUGCCCGGUACGGCUUCCGCGUUCCGGCAGUCAUGGUAUCUCCGUACGCGAAGGCCGGCAAGUACGUGAGCCAUGUGCUGUACGACCACACCUCGGUUCUGGCGACCCUGCAGCGCAAGUGGAAUCUCCCGUCGUUCACGUACCGCGAUGCCAACGCCAACGACCUGCUGGACAUGUUGGACAUGGAGGCCCUCAAGAAGCAGGAGCCGACGUUCAAGACGAUGCCCAAGUUGGCUGCUCCCGGAAACACGACCGAGGCGCUGGCUUGCUCGAAGACUGGUCCUGGCGUGAUUCCUCCUCCGGGCACGGUUUCCAACCCUAAGCGGCGGUAG